AUGUCAGAAGGAAAUGAAAUAUAUUGUCCUUGUGGAUAUACGGAGUGUUGUCCACAAGAACUUAAUGCGACUUGUCCUUCGACAGAAGUUCUAUAUCCAAAAGCAGGAAUCAUGGCUCCAUACAUCUUAUUUUUCUAUCCAAAUUAUUAUCAAUUAAAACCAGAAUUUAUGCAGACUAAUGGAACAAUUAAAUGUGACGGCAUUUUGGUCAAUAUUCCUAUUACGCAAUACCAAUAUAAUCCCGAGCUCCGUCAAGUCGAAUAUGAUUUAUGUCGAUGGGCAAAGAAUAAUUCUUUACUCGAUAAAUAUGAUCCUAGCCAUCGACACUCAUUAACUUUCAACAAUCGUUCGUAUCAUUUCACUGAUGUCUGUAAUAAGUCGAAAGAUUUUAUUUCAAUAUAUCGCGUUAAAGAUGGAUUUGAAAAUUGUAUCGAUAAAGCGGAUGAAACAACACAUAUUUCGAUCUCUACAAUAUGUUCAAAGAUGCAACGUUAUCGUUUUCGUUGUUCUGAAGAGCAGCCAACUUGUUUGAGCGUUACAACUCUCGGAAAUCUUCAAAAUGAUUGUAAUAAUCAUAUCGAUGAGCUUUGGUUAGGAACCAGUACAAAAUUAGCAGAUAUCAAAUGUAAUGACGUAUGGAAUGAUCAAUGGCAAUGUAAUACGGGACAAUGUAUUGAGGAAGAUUGGGUUUUAGAUGGAGAAUGGGAUUGCUCCGAUGCAUCGGAUGAAGAAAAUCUAAAUGAUCAACAGAUUACAGAUCGAAAUUUACAGGUAGUGCCAUUACAUAUCCUUAAAAAUAGAUCUGACGAUCGAAAUCAAGCAAAACCAUUCUCUACUAUUUGUAAUCUAACAACAGAAUUGCUCUGUUUUCCUGUCAAUAUUACUAAUCUACAAACUAAUUUAUCAUAUGAUCGACCUUGUAUUAGUAAACAUCAUAUUGGAGAUGGCCAUAUUGACGAGCGUAAUACCAUCACACAUUGUAAUAAUCACUUAACAAUGUUAGGAUAUAAUUUUAAAUGCGGAUCAGUUGAUCGUUGCAUUCCUUACUGGAAUUAUUGCUACGGAGAUCGAUGUAAUACAUCAUCUGAUAACUUAGCCGGGUGUGGACUUCGAGAAAAAUCAUCGGAUUGUGAUAGAAUUUCAGAUGCACGUUGUUUCAAUGGUACUUGUAUCAUUACGGGUCGAUGUAAUCGAAUUCUAGAUUGUUAUUUUGGUGAGAUUAGUUGGUGGGUUUUAUCGGAAAGAAAAAGAAGCAACAAUCAAGAAUACACAACAAAAACUUCAAUUCAAUCGAUUUCCACCUGA